CCUCCGCCGCAUUCCCACACACCCCCAUCCCCCACGGCCCACCGCGCGGGCCCAGGCGCCCAAUCUCCAUCCCCACACCGUCGUCGUCUUCGUCUUCGUCUUCGUCUUCUGCUGCCGCUCGGCUCACCCUGGCGGCCUCGCUGUUCGAUCUCGCGCUGCGAUGGAGCGGUACGAGGUGAUCCGGGGCAUCGGGUCGGGCAACUUCGGGGUGGCCAAGCUGGUGCGGAACGUCAGGACCGAGGAGCACUUCGCCGUCAAGUUCAUCGAGAGAGGCCAGGUGUUUGGUGCAGAGGUCCUGAAAUCGAACGGCUUCAAAUUCGUCAGACAAAUUUUGGAGGUUUCUGCUUGACGUACGAGAGCAUACAUAAGUGUUGGUGUCUGCAUUUGUGCUUCUGAGUAUUUCCAGCAAAAGAGACUUUUUUCCCUUCCGGAUUGAUGAGCAUGUUGAAAGGGAGAUUAUGAACCACCGGUCACUGAAGCAUCCAAACAUAAUUAGAUUCAAGGAGGUUGUGCUAACUCCCACACAUUUGGCAAUAGUUAUGGAAUAUGCUGCUGGUGGUGAGCUAUUUGAAAGGAUUUGCAAUGCUGGGAGGUUUAGUGAGGAUGAGGCAAGGUUCUUCUUCCAACAACUGAUUUCAGGAGUGAGCUAUUGUCAUUCAAUGCAAAUAUGCCAUAGAGAUGUGAAACUAGAAAAUACUCUCUUAGAUGGCAGUGCUGCACCUCGGCUCAAGAUCUGUGAUUUUGGUUAUUCCAAGUCUUCUGUGUUGCACUCUCAACCAAAAUCAACUGUUGGCACACCUGCAUACAUUGCUCCAGAGGUCCUCACUAAGAAAGAAUAUGAUGGAAAGGUUGCUGAUGUUUGGUCCUGUGGAGUAACACUGUAUGUGAUGCUGGUCGGUGCAUAUCCAUUUGAGGACCCUGAUGACCCAAGAAACUUCCGAAAGACGAUCACUAGGAUACUCAGUGUGCAAUACUCAAUUCCAGACGAUGUUCGAGUUUCAAUGGAAUGCAGACAUCUGCUGUCUCGCAUAUUUAUCGGAAAUCCUGAGCAGAGAAUAACCAUUCCAGAAAUCAAGAAUCAUCCGUGGUUCCUCAAGAACCUGCCCAUUGAGAUGACCGACGAGUACCAACAGAACAUGCAGCUGCCAGGCAUGAACACCCCGGAGCAAAGCCUGGAAGAAGUGACGGCUAUCAUACAGGAGGCGCGGAAGCCAGGGGAAGCCACGAAGGUUGCUGGGCAGGUACCCUGCCUGGGGAGCAUGGAUCUUGACGAUGUUGAUUUGGACUAUAUCGACGACAUCGACAUCGAGAAUAGUGGUGACUUUGUUUGCGCAAUGUGAUGUUCAUGUUUGUGGUUCAACCGGUCAAGUAGUAGACUAGCAAGCGAGCUUCAGUUGGUUGUUGAUGUAUGUAGAUCCUUGGAUUAUGCUUCUAUUUGCAUCUGGAUCAGAUGCGUUCUGUAACAGAGAAAUUGGCGUCUGUGAAUUGCAUACAACAUGAACUUACAUUCUGAAAUCUAUGUAGGAAUCAUUUGUGUUCUCAGUGAUGUAUUGAAUUUGACCAUCA